CAUUCCCGAAUCACGUGCACGCAAAGUAUACAAGGACCAGUACCGCACUCUAACAACUUCACCGAUGCUCUCUGCCAAAAUAGGAACAGGUAUUUUAGCUCUUUUAAGCAGACCCUUCAUAAUCACGACACCAUAUUCUUACUCUUUGAUACCAUUUCAGCCCCUGUUGAGAUCCGUGGUCCAAUUAGACCAUCUGUCCACUGGACUAUUGAACGAGCUGUUGCUGUUAGCAUGUUACCGAUGUACCCGAUGGCCUUCAUAUUGGACAAUCCUAUAAUGAACUUUGUCACAGUUACUGCUGUUUCUCUGCAUGCUUAUUGGGGGUUUUACGAGGUUAUUCGCGACUACGCUUUUGAGAGGCGCUACGGACCUUUACUCAUGCCUAUACUGCACACAAUUUGGCGCAUAGUUUGUAUCAUAGGCUACUCUGGAUUUCUUUAUUUCAAUUUCAAUGAUAUAGGUGCAAUUGGAGCUAUCAAGAAGCUUUGGUCUGUCUAA